AGUCUGCGCAUGCGGUCGCGAUGUUGAACUAAUUCGACACAGUACGUACAAACUACGACCUAUUGACUUUUCAUUGAGAUGACUAAUUACAUAUUACUGUUGUUAUUUAUACAUUGAGGCACAAUGAUGCUGGACAUGAGUCGUGUGACUGUCGUGGCGGACAUUUUAUUCAGUAGAAAACAUUCAUCAGAAGCAGGAAUCCACUGCUGCUGCUCCAGAGUCUUUGUGCAGGACAGAGAACUGUAUCGUUCGGACAAAAGACUCUUUUCAUUUGACCAACCGGAAACUUCAUUUCGAGAAGGCCACCAAGAAGAAGAAGAAGAAGAAGAAGAAUUAGAUGAAGAAGAAGAAGAAGAAUUAGAUGAAGAGGCUCAGCUGAUGUCUAGCAUGGGUCUUCCUCUUGCCUUUGCCAGCUCUUCUAGACGGCACAAAGUGGAGAAAGGCUGCAAGAAAAAGUCAGCUUCAUACCCGACUAAGCCUCUCCAAGACCAGCAGGAAGACACCACCAACCAAGACGACAGGAACGGUGUGGAGGAAGAACUGGAGACGGAGACCCUGGGGGAACAUUUGGAGACCCUGUGUGAUCACCAUGAAGGCUGGCAGGCCUACUGGGCCCAACAGGGUGAAGGUCUGCUGUGGAGCAGCUGGCAGGACAAGCAUGGGUCUUCAGAAGGUUCCCAAGUGGCUCCUUGGGACCAUCCCAGCACCAAGACCACCUGGGACCAGCACGCCACAGACACCUACUACCUGUACUGGGAGCAGUACUCCUACUGGGCAGCACAGGGAUGGACCUGUGAGGCAACGUCAGAGAAAGACUUCAACCUUCUUCUAGAACACAACUGCUCUUUACACUCACCUGACUCUCAAACAAGAUGGCCUCAAGUUGCUACCCACGUCCUUCCACACCAGCCCAGGUCUGAUCAGCCCUGUGAUGCAGGAGAUUGUGGCAAGAAGUCGGAUGUUUCCUCUCAGCAGGAAGCUACCCAGCCUACAGACUCCCGACUAGCGGCUGGCAGCACCAGCCAAACAGUGACUUCCAGAAUGUUCAAUGGUGACCAUGAGGAUGAUGGUGGAGAUGAAGGUCCCUCAAGAGGACAUGCCAAGGUCAAACGCAGUCAUGAACUUGAUGCCGAAGAGACGCCUCAUCUGUCACGUGAUGAAGCCUGGAAGAAACUUGGACUCAAACACAAUCCACAAUCUAUGUUUGACAAUGUGUUCGACUUCAAAGACGUUCCAGGCCAGAAGCGAUGGAGGCGAUGGUGCUCCAAGAAAGGCGGCAACAGCAUCAACCAACACAUCAGGUUCACAGAGGACCAGGAGGACCAGGAGGACCUGACACAGCCACAGUGCUGCAGCACCCUUCACAAGGUGCGUGACUUCCUUGAGAACAUAGAGCAUGAAGAUCAGAGCUCGUCACGUGAGGAGAUGAAGGUGUCACACUCUGAUGUGUCCCCACAAGACCAGGAGAUGAAGGUGUCACACUCUGAUGUGUCCCCACAAGACCAGGAGAGGAAGGUGUCACACUCUGAUGUGUCCGCACAAGACCAGGAGAGGAAGGUGUCACACUCUGAUGUGUCCCCACAAGACCAGGAGAUGAAUGUGUCACACUCUGAUGUGUCCCCACAAGACCAGGAGAUGAAGGUGUCGCACUCUGAUGUGUCCCCACAUGACCAGGAGAGGAAGGUGUCACACUCUGAUGUGUCCCCACAAGACCAGGAGAGGAAGGUGUCACACUCUGAUGUGUCCCCACAAGACCAGGAGAGAAGUAGCAGCUCCUUGGACCCUGAGGAGUGUGAAGGAAAAAGUGUCCUUCCUCCUCUUCUUGAUGAAAAAAGUGUCCUUCCUCCUCUUCUUGAUGAAGGAACAUCUCAUCCACACUUAGAAGCUGUGCAGAUACCCCACACACCUGCUGUCAAUGGUGGUGGCAGGAAGUGUAAGAAGAAGAAGAAGAGGAAGUGGGCCAAUAAGCAGCAGCAGGUCCCAGCAGACAUGGCAUCAGAACCAGGUCUGGCCAAGUACUGGGCUCAGCGCUACAGACUCUUCUCCCGCUUCGACCAAGGAAUCCGACUAGACCGAGAGGGUUGGUUCUCCGUCACGCCAGAGAAGAUCGCAGAGCACAUCGCCCUGAGAGUGGCUUGCAACUUCUCGCACGCUCAGCUGGUCAUCGAUGCCUUCUGUGGCGUGGGAGGAAACGCCAUCCAGUUUGCACUCGCUGGCAAGAGAGUGCUGGCGGUGGACAUCGACCCGCUGCGUCUGGACUUGGCGCGCCACAACGCCGCCGUCUAUGGCGUGGAGCGCCACAUCGACUUCGUGCAGGGAGACUUCCUCCAGCUAGCACCUCGUCUGCGCGGUGACGUGGUCUUCCUGUCUCCCCCCUGGGGGGGUCCAGACUACCUGACUGCCCAAGUCUUUGAUCUCAGGACCAUGAUGGAGCCCGAUGGUUUUCACAUCUUCCAUGUGGCCAAUCAGAUCACAGACAACAUCGUCUACUUCCUGCCUCGCAACGCUGACAUGGACCAGGUUGUCUCCCUGGCGGGUGCAGGAGGAAAAGUGGAAGUGGAACAAAACUUACUCAACAACAAACUGAAGACCAUCACUGCGUACUUUGGUAGUACUUUGAUCCAUUCACACUCCUGAAAACUCUCAUCAUCAUGUACUACGUGUUCAUGUACUAAAUGUUUAUGUACUUCAUCAUCAUGUACUACAUGUUCAUGUACUACAUGAUCAUGUACUAAAUGUUCAUGUACUACAUGUUUAUGUACUUCAUCAUCAUGUACUACAUGUUCAUGUACUAAAUGUUUAUGUACUUCAUCAUCAUGUAGUACGUGUUCAUGUACUACAUGAUCAUGUACUAAAUGUUCAUGUACUACUUAAUCAUGUACUAAAUGUUCAUGUACUACAUGAUCAUGUACUAAAUGUCCAUGUACUACUUAAUUAUGUACUAAAUGUUCAUGUAGUACAUGAUCAUGUACUAAAUGUUCAUGUACUACAUGAUCAUGUACUAAAUGUUCAUGUACUACUUAAUCAUGUACUAAAUGUUCAUGUACUACAUGAUCAUGUACUAAAUGUUCAUGUACUACAUGAUCAUGUACUAAAUGUUCAUGUACUACAUAAUCAUGUAAUAAAUGUUCAUGUACUACAUGAUUAUGUACUAAAUGUGCUUAAACUAUAGUAUGUACUAAAUGUUCAUGUACUACAGAAUUAUGUACUAAAUGUUCAUGUACUACAUGAUCAUGUACUAAAUGUUCAUGUACUACAUGAUCAUGUACUAAAUGAUCAUGUACUACAUACACUAGAUGUGUCCCAAUGGUGGAAAAGCCUCCCAGCAGUGUCACCUAGCCUCACUUAGGUAUGCGGUCAGGUG